AUGUCUCUUGCUCUAAAACCUUUACUCUUGUUCCUCGUACUCUGUGCGUUGAAUCCUUUACCCUCUGUCGAGUCUGCAAUUCCAUUUAUAACAACUCUCCAAAACCUGAGGGGCAUUAGUAGGGGACAAAACGCGGAUGGCGUAGGUAUACUAAGAAUCUACCUUAAAAGUUUAGGCUACCAAGUAAACGAAAAAUCUCCUUCCGACAACAACUUCGAUGCAAACGAUGAAUCUGCUCUGAAACAGUACCAAGCUUUCCAUGGCUUGCACACCAGUGGUGUGGUGGAUGAUCAAACCAUCGAAACCAUGAGCCUCCCGCGUUGUGGAUUGCCUGAUAUCACAGCCACUCCUAACCCUAACCCUAAUGGUUUGUCGUCGUCGCCCCCCCAAAACUACAGUUACUUCCCAGGAAAUCCAAAAUGGAGCAAGUUUAACUUAAAAUAUCGAGUGACUGCAAACCCUUCAAAUGUUGCCGUCAACCGGGAUGUCUUGAAACAAAUAUUGAGCAAUGCCUUGAACACCUGGAGACAGAACAACAGUUUCACGUUCACUGAAACCACUGGUGUGUUUAAAUUCCAGAUGAAGAAGAUCACAAAAAGCUUGAUGACAGAAUAA